AGAGAGAAAGGGAGAGUAAUUUUUGUAACUGGAAUCAAACUACUUUGGCAACAUAAACAUGUUAAAGACUCUGUGUAAAGGAGAGGGAAGAUUGACAGAACAGGUUUUAUGCCGAAAGGAAAGUGAGCUCUUUUCAUUUAGAUUCGGCCGUUUAAGAGUGUGCCCUCCCUCAGAAAUCCUAGUCACACUCAAGUUUCAUUCCACACCGCUAGCACACACACAAAGAAUGAUCACCUGCGUCUCACGGAAAUAUGAACAUGGUGUGUCUGUUACAGAAGGUGUUUCUCAUUGCAUCGGUCAGACAGAUCAUAUGCCACACUCUGCUGACUCUUUCGAUACUGGAGGAGCGACCGGAAGGAAUUAAGAUAUACACUCUAAGCACAACCUUCUUUCCUCCAUACCAGCUGCUUGGGAGCUCGUAUUUGAGAGUCAAUGAAGAAACUGGGAAUGUGUACACAACAGAGAGGAUGAUUGACCGGGAGACACUGUGUCCAUCACAGGAGGGAGGGUACUGUACAAUCUUAGUCAACGCCCUAGUGGGCCCUGAGCAAGAACUGCUGAAGAUAACUAUAAUCGUGGAGGAUAUAAAUGACAAUGCUCCUUAUUUUGAAACAAAUGAAAUUCGUUUAAGCAUACCAGAGGAUGCAAGUGUUGGGACAAGGGUGCUGUUGGACAUCAAGGCUCAGGAUGAGGACAUAGGCAGCAAUGCAGAGAUAAUGUAUCAUUUAGAAGGUGCUGAAGGAUUCUUCAGUGUAGCACAGGACAGUUCUGCCCUUCAGCUAAUUGUUGAAAGAGAGCUGGACCGUGAAACUCAAAGUGAGCACUGCAUGGUUCUUGUUGCUGUGGACAGUGGCUCUGUGCCUCUGAGUGCUACAGUGUCUCUUGUUGUUACGGUGCUUGAUGUAGACGAUCAGUGCCCGCAGUUCAGCCCUGAUAACCCUCGCACAGUUUCGGUGCCAGGAGGAGUGACCAGGGGAACAACAGUGGCCCAGGUUCAAGCCAUAGACCCAGACCUGGGCAGGAACAGUCAGAUCACUUACUCAUUCAGCCUGCAGAUCUCAGAUCGGGCCAAGGAACUUUUCCACUUGGACAGUAACACAGGCAGGAUUAUUGUAGCUAUGGAUAUAAGAUUAGACAGCCCAGAAAAACAUGUUUUAAAAGUAGUUGUGAAUAGCCCACCUUGCCCUGUUGAGCAAACUCAGUUAACUGUAUAUCUGCAGCCAGUUUUGAGCCCGGAGCCAACAGUCGAGAUCAAGUAUGUUGCACAGUAUAGAAAUCAAACUAUAAUAUUACGUGAAAAUGAGCCACCAACUCUCUUGGCUCUUUUGGAGCUGAGAGACAUCUCAAGUGUCCAGAAGAUUCUGUCCUUUGAGGGAGACAGCACAGCAUUCUCUUUGAAAGCACAAGCAGGCAGCUAUCUACUUUCAACCUCAAAACCACUAGACUUUGAGCUGUGUAGCAAAUAUCUUGUUACUGUUGUUAUAAGUGAAGCCCAAGGCAAAUGUGUGCAUGCAAGGAAAGAGAUAAAAGUCGUAGUUGAAGAUGUGAAUGAUAAUGCCCCACAGUUUGAGAAGACUUACUAUCAGGUGGAGAUAGAGGAGAACAAUAAGCCUGCAUUCUCUUUAGUACAAGUCAGCGCAAGUGAUGCAGAUAGUCAGCUUUAUGGAAAAGUGUCAUACAGGCUGAUUAAUAAUAACCCUGCUAUCUUUAAUAUUGAUGAAGUGACAGGUGUAGUCUCUGUUUUAGAGCCACUGGACAGAGAGAAGCAGAGGGAAUACAGUCUCACAGUGCUGGCCAGGGACAAUGGCUCGCCUUCUUUAGAGGCCUUUUCAUCUGUGUUUAUAAAGGUUCUAGAUCAGAAUGAUAACCAGCCAAUGUUUGUCACACCACACUUCAUUUUCUUCAUUUCUGAAGGUAUUUCACGCUUAGCUCAGGUUGGUAAGAUUGGAAUUGUGGAUGCAGAUGAAGGCGAUAAUGGAAAAGUGGUGGAUGUACAAGUACUAGACAAGCAUGUUCCCUUCGCCAUGGACCUGUCCCAGUCUACACUUCGUUGCAUAGGUGAGGUGGACCGGGAGAAACAUGAACAUUAUGAGAUGCGCCUGCUGGCUAUAGAUGGUGGAAGUCCACAGCGCUCCUCUACUGCAUCUGUAACUGUUUUUGUGGAGGAUGUAAAUGAUAACCAGCCUCAGGUGCUCCUGCCGAGCAGCAACCUCUCCUGCCUGACCAUAUCCCCCAACACAAAGGCUGGCAGCAUCAUCACCAAAAUUUAUGCUAUUGACCGUGACUCAGGCUUGAAUUCAGAUAUUACGUACCAAAUUAUAGCCAGGGAGCCAAUCAACCCCAGCCCAUUUCAGAUCGACCCACACUCAGGGAACAUCACAGUGGUGCAGCAGCUUGUAGGAAGAGACUACGGUAUGCAUCACCUCUUAAUCCGAGUCAGUGACAGAGGGAAGCCUGCACCUCUUCAGGCCACUGUGUGGGUUAAUGUAAUGGUCAAUGAGAUAUCCAAACAGUGCCACCUGACUACUGUUCCCCAAUAUUUUCCUCUCACGUCAGAGUCCCCGUUGCCAAAUCCAAAAUCUUAUAGCCUGACAGAGAGUUGCACAGAACUGCCUUGGCUCUUACUGCUGUGUGGUCUGGGUAUGAUGGUCUUCUCUGUAUGCAUGUUUCUCGUCACAGUCAUUAUUUUCUUGAGACAAAAAAGGUUGAUGCGAAAAAAAACACCACGGAGAGAUCACACAAAAGAAGAUGAACUGGAACAUGAACUGGAAUAUUUCAAUUAAAGGACAUGUGUUUUCCUUUAUUGGUCCAAUUUUGCGUUUAUUAACGACUUAUAACAUCAUGAUCAAAUGUUUAAUAAAAUUCAAGUACAUUUAAAAGUAAAAAUAGCCAGACUUACAGGAACGUUUCUACCAGACACACUACCCACAAACCACAAUGGCCUACUAAGUUACCAUCUGUGUCUUUUAUACCAAAAUGGUAUUAAAAAGCUCAUCGAAAGUUUUCUUAUCGCUUCUAACAUGCAACAUCUUAUCAGAUUGUAAAUAUCUAUUAAUGACAGAAGCAACCAGUCCAGUUAGUAAUGAUUAUAAUGUUAAUGUAGUUAUUGUGAUCUGCGAAUGUUUAGUUGUAAAUACAGGUGUACUAGUGCUUAUUUUUACAGAAGACAGGUCCAUGAUCAUGAGGCGAGAGACAUCCCACAUACCGCCACCCCUGAAUAGGUGUCUGAUCCACUGAAACCAGGGUUAAGCAGAUACUAAAGAUGAACGAUGGAUGGAUGGUUGGAUGGAUGAAUGGAUGUUAUUUAACCCAAACCAAACAAAUCUUCUUCCAUGAAUUGUUUAAUUUUUAAGUCUAAAAGAUCAAGAAUAUCCCAAAAGGGUGUUACUCUUCAGUAGUUAAACAGCCAAUUUAAGUGGUCUAGUGCAAAAAAAAUCAAAUAAUUAUUAAAACAAACUAUAACCAGAAUUAGUCAGUGCUUAUAGGAGCAGUCUGAGUGUAGGCGCCUGCGAGGGCUGAAUGCUAUCGGCUAAGAGACCAGUCAGACAGCCAGUUUGCUAAUCCUCUAAUGCCUUGAUUAGAACUCUCUCAAAUUCCCCAGAAUAAUUGCUGGAAUUCUAGAGUAUUUGCAGCAACAAAGGGGUCUCAUGUUUCUUUCAAAAAGAGGUGCUGCUUUAGAGAAGACUGGGGGAUUCAUUGGUUGCAGAUAGAUGACGCUGUCACUGUGUUCCUUGUCAUUUGAUAUCCUCCUUGCACGUCCCAUAUCCAAAGGCCAUAAAUGUGUUAGGAAUGCAUAUCUACAGACAUGUUGUCACCUUUAACUUCCAUACAGUAAGCUUCCUCUCUUUCAAGAUCACUAAAUAUUAAUCCAGUUCAAGAAAGUAAGACAUUUCCGACCCAAUUGGGCAUGUCAACUUGCGUGCGGUUCCACAUGACUGCUUUCCUGGCAUUGUAGUGGCAGUGUUGUGAAAGCUAGUUACAUCAAUUCAGUAUGCUGAUUGUAUCACGGCUUAUCAACAUUCAACAGCCCUUUUUUUAGUAAAGUAUUUUGUAUUUUGAUCACUUACUUCUAUUUCUCAUUUGAUUUAUUUAAUGAAAUACAAGUGAGAAAUACAAGUGAGUGUACACAAAAGGAAAUGAUACUAAAACUGACAUUUUCUUGGUCUUGUUGGACUUGCCCUUUAAAGGUACAAUGGACUGAGCUAUGUGAUUUCAGUAUUAUCAGUAGUAUACUGUAGAUACAUAAAUAAAGUAUAAAAAUAUCCACCAUAAUAAGGAAGAAAUUUAUAAUAAUACACAUGGAUAGUCAGUCAUAGCUAAAUAUUAAACAAAACAACAAGUUGUGACAGGUAGACCAACAAUAGAUGGAAUUUUUCACAGAUGUCUGUAUCUGUGUGUAGCUCACCCAGAAAUCUGACAAAGAUCUGAAAAUUCCUGUAACUUUAUCUGUUACAAUAAUGAUAACCUAUCGCACACAGGCUCCGUCUUACAAAGUUACUAUCCCCACUUCUGCUCAUAUCACGAUCCAGGAACAACAACUCCUCAUCCCAAUCACCCAUCUGAAUCCAGACUGGACAUUUUACUAACUUUACUAACACUCACCUGACCUCUGCCACACCUCUCUCUCUCUCUCUCUCUCUCUCUCUCUCAAUCUCUCUAUAUCAGUUCAAUGCUUUAUUGGCAUAAAAUAAUAAACGAAUCAAAACAACACACCACAAAAAUACUAACAUAUCUUUCUGAAAUUAUUGUCCAUAGUGUAUAUAGUCAUAUACUUUGCAGAGAAGGCUAUAGUGUGUCCUUUUCCUGAGAUGAUCUCUCUCUCUCUCUCUCUCUCUUUCUCUCUCUCUCUCUCUCUGCAAGGUUGUGGGCUAAUCAUAGAGUUAUAUUGCUCUGUUUUCCUGAUAUGAAACCACACUAUGAAUGGCUGGAGAAUUUAUAUGGCUAUAUAUAGGAUGACUAUUUAUAGGAUGUACUGAUGAUUUAAAUUUCACAUUCAGAUGAGGACAGUACUGAACGUUUUUUCUUAAUCUAUGUCUGAGUCCUCAGACCAAGUGCCUCGGUGUGUACUUUUAUUUUAUGAUACAGCUCCAGACAGGUGACAAAUUAAAAGAAAAACCAAGUAAGUUGUUCGGUCACCACAAGCCUGUAGAACAGCUUUAAUGAGCCUUGGCAUAGAUUCUGUGGAAAUUUGCUGGAGGCAUUCGUUCUUAAAAAAAGAAAAAACGUUCAUUUAGGGUGUGUUUUGAUGAUGUUGGUGGAGAGCACUAUCACUUCGGAAUAACUUGCUGUGACACCGCCCUAUAAGACAGGGGUUCCCAAACUUUUCAGAGCAAAUGAAAAACAUUUUUUGUGACCUCAGUUCUUGUCCACCGUUUUUCUUUAUUCCUGUGACAUUUAAAUGUUUUAUUACGACACUAGUGGACAUGGCGGCUUAAUGAUUUGCCUCACACACCCAGGGUUGGGGCUUUGAUUCCUUCCUUCCUUCCUUCCUUCCUUCCUUCCUGACUUUAUGAGCAUACAGAAGCAGCAGUGAUGCAAGUGAAAGUAUUCAUAUUCUCACCUGUGUAUGUUGUGUACAUCUUGAGGACUAAAUGCGACAUUCAAUAAAAAAAACAGGCCUGUGUGUCAGGUUUC